AUGGAUGUACUCACUGGACUGCUGGCUAUAAUUGUCGGGCUUUUCACGUUCUUCGUACUUCUAUUUCUGGUGUUAUUGGCCUUAUAUGUACUACACAUGAGUAGAAGAGCCCCAAAAAGACCGAAGAAAUUGUUGGCAGUGAUGGGAUCUGGUGGUCAUACGAUGGAAAUGAUCUCCUUGUUGCGACUCUUCACCGAGGAAAAGGAAUUUCCAAAAAGAUCAUAUCUUUAUUAUGAUGAGGCUUCAAGAAAAAAGGUGAGUGGAUUCAUGAUGAAUUAUUGCAAUUUUAGAUCGCUGACUUCGAAAAAGAACAGAAGAAUGAUAAUUAUGAGAUCUUUGAAGUGCCAAGGAGCCGAGAAGUUGGACAGUCAUACUUUACAAGUGUAUUCAGCACCAUCAAAUCCAUCUUGGUGAUUCCGGCGUUGAUUUCUGGACUGAAGUAAGUUGCAGUGAAAUUGUGGAAGGAUGAUACAUUUUUUGUUGUGAAUGAAAAACUUUUAAGAAAGUAGCUUUUUGGUGUGAACAGACAGCCUCUUUAAGCCAUUAUUAAUUUAAUUUCAGCCCCGAUCUUCUGCUUUGUAAUGGUCCAGGAACAUGUGUCCCAGUUGCCGUAAUCACUUUCAUGUUCAACUUACUCAACAUUUAUGACUGUAGAAUCGUCUACGUAGAAUCUAUUUGUCGAGUACACACCAUGUCCCUAACUGGAUUGAUCUUAUACCAUCUUAGAUUGUGUGAUGCAUUCUAUGUUCAAUGGCCCCAGCUACAAAAGAAAUACCCAAGAAGCAUUUACGAAUGCAAACUAGUGUAG